AUGAUUGAAACGUGUUCAAAAAGAUGUAUGUUAUUUGGUACUGUUUCACUGGGAAUCUUAACAAUUGUUGUUCUCAUACUAGAAUCACAUCUUGCUGAUACGUUGUCUGGGAGUCAGCGGAGGAACAAAACAUUCCCUACUGAAAACAAUUCUACUUGUUGGCUUACACAACCAUUUACUGUUAUAAGCGAAUGCCACCCCUGUUCUGAUUUUGAAAUACGUAGCAAGAGCAUAGGUGUCUGUAUACACACAAGCUUCAAAGAAAUAUUGAGAUGUGAAAAUGGUGAAACAGUCACUAAAAGUUGUGAUCGAGUUGCAUAUUUGGAGGAGAGAAAGUUCUGGAAGUUUACAAUCUGGUCAUUCUUUAUGGGCUCAGUGUCAUCUGUAGCUGUGAUGUUAAGAAUGCGAGUUUUAAAUCAUAGAGCUAAAAGAAGAGCAAGACAAGUACUUGCCAAUGGAACAAUUUGA